GUAGUUACAUUCUCAUUUGUUUGCGGAACGCCUUAGAAGGCUGAGGUUUACAAAGUGGAAAAGACGAAAAAAAAAUGAGAAAACAGAAUAAAAUAUAAAAACAUUUACUGGAAGCAAUUUGGAUGUGCCGUGUCAAUUCAAUUACCUACGCUGUACGCCCCAGUGUUACGACGGAGAUUAGGGCAAUGAAAAAAUAUUCCAGAAAUAAAUCUAGCAAGCAUUUAAAAAUUGACAGAUGAGUCCAAGCAAGCGCGGAGGAGGCUUGUCCGACGAGGGCAGCCCGAGUGUUACAGUCACUGAUAUGGAUACAGUACACGAGGAAAACGACAAUGAAAAUGAUAGUGACGAGUCAUCCUACUCGGACUUGGGGCGACUACGGGACCGCACUCGCGCGAUGCUGGUGCCGCCGACAGAGAGCCUGCUGCAGCACUCGCAGCCGCCCAGCCGCCGGAUGUCCGACAACGACUCCAAGCUCACCGCCAAUCUUAACACCAGGCGGCCAUCAGCAAUAAUCGCAGCAUUCCGUCGGCCAUCACAAGCGCUAGCAUUGUGCGCCGCCACCCAGCGCCGCUUCUUGUCAGAACUUGGACCACACUCGCGGACGUCUGUGGCUUCCACUAUCCACGAACAUCCACCGUCCGCUGCAGAGAUCUUAGGCCAUGAUGCGUUAAGUAAAGCGUUAUCAGCACUUUACGCCAAACUUUUGGUAGUAUUGGGAAUAGCGUUUCCGGUCACUGAAGUCAUUGCUCAUGGCGUACCGGACGCAUACUAUCAGGGUUUCUAUUUAUAUUUAUACUUAGUAUCAGUAAUCUUCGUAAUAUUUCAAUAUGGUAAUAUAAUGCGACAAAAGGCUGUCAACCUUAUUAUACACAGCUACGAAGGCGACGAUAAAGAUGAAAAAACAAAAGAGGUCAAGACAGAAGUUGAAAAACCUAAGCAAAAAGAAGUCAUAUCCCGCUAUGGAAGUUUCUAUUUAAGACUUGGUGCUAUUGCUUUUGGAAUCGGGUCAAUGGUAUACAGUGGAUUAGAAUUCGGUGAAUACUUUGAAAUGACAGACCACUGUCGGUCAGUGCUAGCAGCCAUAACUCCAGCCCUUCGUAUGGCGCUGACACUCGCUCAAAUGCAAUUCAUAUUCCUCACCAGUAAAGAUAUAGAAUCAGGAGCUUACAAGAUGAUACAGAGAUUCGGAUUCAUGCACAUGAUUGCCACAAACUUGUGCGAAUGGUUGUAUGUACUAGUGGAAGAAACUAAACAUGAAAUACAUCAUCUAGAACAUUCCAUGGCAUCUCAUGCUAACAUUACAGCGGGACUUAACAAUAUUACAACCGAAAUUUAUUGUCGAAGAGGAAACAUUAUGGGAACAUUACUACGCAACGCGUCUCCUUUUCUCUUCCCAUGUACAAUCGAGUAUUCGUUGAUCUGCGCAGUCAUUUUGUACGAAAUGUGGAAGGAGGUGAAGUGCACCCCUGAGGACUUUGAGAAGAAGUUUAAUUACCAGGUUAAAACUAAAUCACGCAAUAACUCUGUGACUCCAGAGAAGAUUUUGCAGCAAUUUGCUGGCAUGCUGGGCGUGAGUUCCCCCCACGGCAGCCGCACCGCGCUGCACCACUUCUCUGUGGACUGCUCUCACGCCCACCGCGGCCUCUUCGCCGGCAUCCUGAUCAUCGUCCUCACUAUCAUAUCUUUGAUCAUGUUCUUCGUGCUCGCUAAUAACCCAAACACCAUUAAUAAUGCUAUAUUUGAAGUAAAUGUCUGCGAGCUAAUUCUGUAUUCGCUGACCCUACUAGCGUCAGCAAUAGCGGUGAAACAAAUGAGAGUUCUACCGUACAAAAGAAAAUCUCAAGCCGUCCUUGGGUUAGACACAUCACUGCUAAUUUUGGCGCAGUCGGGUAUGUUUAUCUACUGCAUGUUCAGCAUGAUAGGCUCCCACCACACCCUCAACACGGGCCAGAGCGAGAGUCUCACCGGAUUCUUCUCGGAAUUCCUAUCACUUAUUCAGACAAUAUUACAAUCAUUAUUUAUAAUCGACGCGUGGUGGCGGCGCAGCAGCACGUCCGAGCAGCGGCGAGAGAAGCCGGGCCGGCAGCUAGUCACGUUCCUACUGGUCGCCAACAUGGCCAUGUGGGCGAUUAACACUUUAGAAAAGAAUCGAGCUGAGUUCCGACCAGACCACCUCGCGUUCUACGGGCCAUGGGCGUGGACUAUCAUCACGCACGUCUCCAUGCCGCUGGCCAUCUUCUACCGGUUCCACUCCACCAUCUGCCUCUUCGAAAUCUGGAAGAACUGCUUCAAAAACAAACCGAUUUACCUAAACGUUUAAAGAAUAGAACAUUUUUGGA